AUGCUCAAGUCCCGCAAAAAGGACAAAGACGGCAAAAACGAUAAAGAAGAGAAAAAGCAAGAAAAAAUACGAAAAGAGAAUAAGGACGAGAUUAACAAGAAAGAAGAGAAGCAAACAGGCGCUAACAAUCAUAUGAAUGGGAUGACAACAGCAACAGCAGCAUCGAUUCCCCAAAUCAAGGCGGAAGAUGUUUCUGAUGAAACAAUUCCAGCUGAUGCUCCACCUCCAACGUCUCUAAAAAAGCAAGCACUUGCGGGUGGACCAGCACUAACCAGACGUGAUCGAAGACAAAGCAGUUCUUUAUUUUUAGUAUCCACCAAUCGAGAACUUGUGAAAUUGCCGAAUAUAAAAGAUGCCGAAUCUAACGCACGAGAGGAACUGUUUAUCCAGAAGCUACGCCAGUGUUCAGUUGUUUUUGAUUUUGCUGUUGAUCCUUUGUCAGACUUGAAAUAUAAAGAAGUAAAGCGAACAACGUUGAACGAACUGACAGAUUACAUUCUUAGUUGUCAGAAUGUUGUUACGGAAGCUAUAUAUCCAGAAGUUAUUAGCAUGCUCGGUUCUAAUCUUUUCCGCGUCUUAUCUCCACCGUCAAAUCCAACGGGUGCUGAAUUCGAUCCAGAUGAAGAUGAACCCACAUUAGAAGCUGCUUGGCCUCAUUUGCAGCUGGUGUAUGAGUUUUUUUUGCGUUUCCUGGAAUCAGCAGACUUUCAACCGAGUAUUGCAAAGCGUUAUAUUGACCAGAAAUUUGUCUUAAAGCUUAUCGAACUGUCGGAUAGUGAAGAUCCAAGAGAGCGUGAUUUCUUAAAGACGACACUUCAUCGGAUCUAUGGCAAAUUUCUGGGUCUUAGGGCUUUCAUGAGAAAGCAUAUAAAUAAUAUAUUUUAUACAUUCAUUUAUGAAACUGAACGACAUAAUGGUAUUGCCGAGCUUUUGGAAAUACUUGGCAGUAUCAUCAAUGGAUUCGCCUUACCGCUAAAAGAGGAGCAUAAAACAUUUCUUCUUCGUGUUCUUAUUCCUCUCCACAAAGUAAAAUCUCUCUCUGUAUAUCACCCACAGUUGGCGUAUUGUGUGGUUCAAUUCCUGGAGAAAGAUCCUACUCUCACUGAACCAGUGAUCUUAUCUCUGCUCAAAUUCUGGCCCAAAGUUCAUAGCCCAAAAGAGGUAAUGUUUUUAAAUGAGUUUGAGGAGAUUUUGGAUGUCAUUGAGCCAGCUGAAUUUCAAAAGGUGAUGGUACCGCUUUUCCAGCAGCUAGCAAGAUGUGUUUCUUCACCACAUUUUCAGGUAGCCGAAAGAGCGCUUUAUUAUUGGAACAAUGAAUAUGUCAUGUCAUUAAUCAGUGACAAUGCUGUUGUGAUCUUACCCAUCAUGUUUCCUGCGCUCUAUCGAAAUUCGAAAAAUCACUGGAACAAAACAAUUCAUGGGCUUAUUUAUAAUGCACUCAAAUUAUUUAUGGAAAUUAAUCAGAGGCUUUUCGAUGAAUGCUCUCAAAAUUUUAAUCGUGAACGUGAAGACGAAAGUACUAAAUUGAAGGAAAAAAUACUGAAGUGGGAAAUGAUCGAAAGGAAAGCACGUCAAAAUCCUCAGUUCUCGGAAGUCAGUCAACAGUUGCAGAAUACUUGUAGUUCAUUAGCACAACUUUCGAUUAAUGAAAAUGCAGGAAUAGAACCUGUGGAUCCAACAAAAAUCAAGCAACAAGCAGCACGAUAUGCGGUAGACUAUGUCCAAGAACGGCCGUUAGUGCGUCGAAAGAGCGAACUGCCGCAUGAUCCAAACACUGAUCGAGCGUUGGAUGAGCAUCGACGACAUGAUCCUUAUUUGUCUACUGUACCACAUGAAUAG